AUGUCAAAAAACGUAAAUUUAACAAAGUUAGAAGAUUUUAUUGUUUCAAGACUAUGGUACACUGCAUAUGUAGCCCAUAAAAUAAAUAUAAACAAUGGUAAAUCGUCAAAUGAUAAUAAUGGCGCAGCAAUUGAGUUAUGUAGAUCAAUAGGUUGUUAUGAAUAUAGUAGUAAUUCUUCAUGGAUUAUUCACAAACUAUUGGCAAUGUUGACUAAUAAGAAUGUUACGGAACAUCAGUUUAAUUUAUUACAACUUGAAAAUGCAUUACAUUUAAUUGACAAUCAUGUACCUGAAACUGUUGAGCAGGAAUUGCUCAAGCUUUAUGAUUUGAUAGCAAUAACGAAAGAAGAAUCUGAUGAAAUUUUUCCGCAGAUUACUGAAUAUAGUCUAAAGUUUUUAGAAGAGCAUUUGUGGGAUAAACCAGCAUUUGUGCAAUGGGUGAUAGAUCAAUUACUCUGUAUAUGGUCAGUAUCAUUUGCUAUAACUGAUUCAGCGCUUCAAGAUCUAUAUAUUAAAGUUAUUAGAGAAAUAGUAAAUGAAGCUAAAAAUAUAUCCGCCUCAACAAACAACAAUAAAACUACCAAUGGAUUAAUAAACUGCCAAAAAAAUAUAAAUUUGAUAAGUUACAAUCAUUUAGCGACAUUGUUGUCAAUUUUAUCAAAGUUCGAAAUAACAGACUCAAAAGAAGAGGAACUGAAAUUGUGGCUAUGGCCAAUGCUAGCCAAAACAUGUAAAUUUAAAGACAUCGAAUUGUCAUUAUUUUCACGUAAAGAUUUGAAAUACUUUAAAAUGUGGCAUACAUUUUGUGACGAUCAUUAUGCACGGAAUAAAAGUCCUGAUAGUUUAGAUGAUAUUAAUAAAAUAUGCUCAGCUGUUUUUGAUAUUAAAGAUGAAUCAUCUGAUGUGUCAUUAAAUGCCAAUGAAAUAUUUAUAAGAGUGUUAAGAAAUAAAACUCACUGGUUAUCAGAUAUUUUAGAGAUCUGUUACGGGCUAGUGAUAAAUAAUCGAUUCGAUCAAGUUGAAAAAUUAUUAAAAAAUCCUGUAUUAAAUAAUCUUUGGUUACCGCUAUUGUUAAAAUUUAUUGAUAAUUGUUUGAAUGCACAACAAUUUUCGCCUAACAACGAAGCUUGGAAAAAAAAUUCUACGACAUCUGAAUCUCUAAAAUUUUUACUAAAAAAUUGUAAAUUUAAAUAUUCAAAAGAUCAAUGUAUGGAGGAAUUCGAAAGUACUCUAGAAAGUCAUGUAGAUGCUUUGGAGUGGAUUAUUAAAAGUCGUGAUGAUUUUUUUAAACAUAACAAAAAGUCUGGUUCAAUGCAUCAAAAUUACAACGUGAGACAAAUUUUUCGUCAUCUUCAGUCAUGCUCUAUACUGUCUACCAUAAAAACGUACGUUCCAAAUGUACAUAAUAAAUUAUUUAAAGAUGUUUAUCCUUUGCUGAAGGAUUCAGUGCACUCUAAAAUGACUUAUCGAGCUUACUAUGGAAUGUUAAGCGCGCUAAAAGCAAUAACACUUUGUAAUGCUUAUAACACUGAAUUUAAUACUGUUAUCGAGCAUUAUAAUUGUAUGGAGAAACAUGUUAAUAAUCUUAAUCCAUUAAAAUUACGUCUAGAAGUUAUGGAAAAUAUUUUUUCAAUGUUAUUUAUACGACAUGAAGAUUUCACAACUAUUGAAAAUCCAUCGGAUCAAGAGGAUGAAGAUGAGGAUGAUAAUAUCAAUGAUGAACUGCCGUCAUAUAAAAAUUCAUAUAACUAUCAAACUGGUUUCAUCUGCAACAAGUAUGCCAUACGAGAGACACUGCACUAUCUUAAUCGUUGUAUUUUUGUAAUUGAUAACGAGUACGCGAGAUUGAGAAAUGAUUCAAAGGCGGCACAAGACAUAGAACAACUUGAUAAAAGAAUAUCGUCUAUGAAAAGAUAUCUCAGUGAUGCGUCGUGGCGUUUACAAUUAUUAACAAGUACAGAAUUUUUUAAAAAACAAGGACUACCGGAUACUGAAUUACAAAAUAAAAAUACUUGUAUUGUUAAAAGUAAAAUAAAUUCAGUAGGUCAUCAACAGAGAACUUCACAUUUAUAUAAGUUGGAUGAAAGUUCAUCUGAUGAAGGAGAAUUACGUUCGGAUAUUGACGUAAGUUCGGAAAGUAGUUCAAUAGGGAAUGCUGCUGGUGAAAAUAGCAAGCGUCGUAGACGUUUAAAAAAGCUAUCAUCGCAAAGUGAAGACACAUCGAAUGAAAAAAGCUCAAAACAAGUCAAAGAAUUUACUCUCAGUUACAUGCUGGCCUCAAAAGAAACUCUGGUUCUAAGAUGUUUGUGGAAAGAUAAUUUGACUGAGGCUCAACGCGUCAUAGAGGUAAAUUAUAAAUCAUCAUUUAUACUCUCUGCAAUGCUUUUUCUAAUUUGCGAUAGGCUUUUUUCUCAGCCUUUGUUGGUUUAUAUAUCAAUGGCUGCUCUGGAUCGAUUUCUGGCCCCUCGGUUAACGUACCCGACUUUUAACAUGGAAAACAAUCAUUUAGCAGGUGAAAUAUUAUUUUCACAAGCAAUACGUGCAUUCAGACAAGAUAUUGCGAAACAAUUGACACUCAUUUUACCGAAAAAUGAAGUAAAAAUAGAUACUAAACAUUCCACACUGGAUUUUAUUCGCCAAGCUGCUAAAGAUGGUAUCCAAACAACACGUAUGACAAGUCAAGUUGAAACAUUUUUAGCAUCACAAGAGUCUAAUAUAAAAUUGAGUUCUGAUUCCAGUAAUGCCAAAGAUAUAAUGACGUUGAUGACACUCGAUCUGGCGCUGACGAUGAGCCAAGAUAGUUUGACAUCUGAAAAUUUCGCAGAAAUCGCAAUGAAGCAUUUGAAAUCUAAUAAAAAACUUAUUGAUACACAAUAUUAUGAGUUUUUUGAGACAAUUUAUCAGCUGUUUCAUGAAAAAAAAGGUACACCAAUAGUUAAUAUACUUUGCGAUGCAAGAAUACCAUUUUCUUUGAAAGAAUAUCGGGAACAAAAUGAUUACUGGUCUAAUUUAGCGCGUAAGCUAAUUAUUUUUGAAAAUAAAACAAAACUAAUAGAUUUUAUUAAGGAUCCAAAUGAAGAGGAAAAAUUUAAAAAUGAUUUACAACAAAUUUUAUCGGUUUGCAGCAAUGGAGAACCAUAUUUACAUCGAUUAAAUGCUCAUUUAGAAUUAAUAAGAUCAAUUGCACCGCCAUUUAAAGAUAUUAAUGCGAUCGGUAUGAAACCUUCUCUAUUGGAAAAUUCACUUGACUCUUACAUCGGUUAUCAAAUAUUUGAUUUAGAUGUUGAUUUAGAAACACUUGAAAUUGUUGCUAAUCAGUUGCAAGUUAAUCUAGCUUACUGCAUUUUAAUAAACUGCUGUCCCAAGUUAUUGUGUAGUGAUAAUCUGGAUAAUUUUGAGAUAAAAAACAACAGAUGGGGAAUAAUUGUUCUAAAUAAGUAUGAAAUCGUUGAAAAAUUUAUUAAUGAUGAUAUGGAUGAUCCUAAUCAAUGUGUUGUUGGUAUUUUAUCAGAUUUGAUACAAGCUAUCAAAGACUCAGAUUAUGAUUCGUCAAAUAUUUUAGGAACAGAUUUGAAAAGUUUGUCAAAGACAGAAAGUAUACAGAAAAUUCUUAAAAAAACUCAAAGCUUUGCUAAUUUAGAUUUGAGUUAUUUAUCUUUUGGUGACCAUACGCUGGCAUUUUUUCUCAAUAUCUGGAAUCUAAUUAUGCUUCACAUAAUUAUAGAAAUUUGGAGUAAAGACCCACCUACUAGUGAUUUAAGACACGCUGUAUCAUUGAGUACAAUUGGCUAUGAAAUAGGUGAUCUUGGUUUCGUUAGUCUCUUUACUCUUCGAUCAAAAUUACUUGGACAACCGCUUUGCAGUGACGAGUCUUUACAUUUUGAAUAUCCAGAAGAACUCAAUGAACCAGCUUGGCAGGAUUUAGAUUUACAACUAGAUCCUCGGGUUAUAUUUGCAAUGAUUAACGAAUAUAAAAGAUCUCCAAUUAUUAAAAUUUAUCACCCUGAGGAUUUAAAUGAAGAAAUUAAUACAACAGUACAUGAUUAUCUCAAUAAUUAUAUAAAUCAAGAUAAAGAAAGUGUUGUUUGUCUUCCGAAGCUUAUUAAAAAAUAUGUAGAUCUUCUGAUCAGCACCAAUGGAUCGAAAGAAAUAAUAGAAAAAUACUUGAGUAUUGAUAAAAAUGUAGAGUAUGAAUCAUUCAAAUAUUUAUACGACAUCCGGUUUAAGUAUAGCGAUGAAAAACCAAUAACUAAUUGUGAUAAAAAGAAUAAUAAAAAUGAUAAAGAUAGUACGACACUUUGGAGAAAUAGAGUAAUUAAACCGUCACUCUUGCAAUACUUGGAAGGCCACUGCUGGCUCCUAUCUUAUCUCGUUCAAAGAAUUCACGAAGAGAGCCCAACGAUUCGUGACAGCAGCUGUGAUAAUUUGGAUCGUACUGCAGUAUUGGAAAAUUUAUUUAAAUCACCUUGGGCACAAAAUUUAAAAGCCCUUUACGAAGAUAACUCAACAGUUGCUGGACUACUGAAUUGUUCAUCGACAGUUGAACUGUGGGAUUAUUUUGAAGCUCUUUUAAAAAAUCGUGAAUUGAAAAAAUGUCUAACGAUGCUUGACGCACUUCCAGACUCGCUGUUAAUGGGAAACGUUGAGUUCCAGAGUUUUAGAGACAAAAUUCUUAUGUGUUUGAUCAGUAAUAUUCAGCUUAAUCUAAAUUCCACUGAAAUCUUGCAGUAUUUAUAUCAGAUAAGAGACAUUUAUGUUUUAGCUCAAGUAGUGUUAUCCAAAGUAAAAACGUGGCCGGUGCGGGUAUGUGAAGAGGCACUUCGUCACGUAUUAAACCAUGUAGAUACUGAUAAACUUCCACCACAUUGCAGGUCUGAGAUAAGUGAAAUUCUCUGUAGAGUUCUUGUUUUUGAUAAAAUGUUUAUUUAUUGUAAAUUAGAUGAUGAUACUGAUCAAGUUAAUUGGUAUAAUGUGGUUUAUCGGACUGAAAAAACAGAUCCAACACGUAUUGUAAAAUCACUUAUCGAUGCUAAUCAGUACGAACUAUGUUUAGAGUGGAUGGAAUAUCAAACGCCUUCAUCUGAAAUUCAGUGUCUGGUUUCACAAGAUCUUUUUAUGGGAUUAUUGAAGAAUGAAAAAGAUAAUUUUAAACAUGCACGCCAAUUAUUGUGUGCACUACCUGCAAGUUUAUCGAUUAAAUUAUGCAAUGGUAUUAUUGAUAAAUUAGAAUCGAUUAAUUCAUUGAAAUUUAUUAUUAAAUAUUUAUUGGAUAAUUCACCUGUAGAACGUGAAAAAUAUCAACGUGGCUUAUUGGGAGUUGAAAUUUUAGAGCAACUAGAUCCCCGAGACAGGCCACUGUAUAUUCAUUUAAUCAAUGAACCACUUCUUAUGUUUGAGCAAUUACUCAUGAACUGUAAAUUUGAUAAUCUACAAAAAAUAUUAAAAACGUGCUCUGAAACUUUUUAUUCAGCCGGUAUUACAUGCGAAGAAUUCGAUUGUACUAUUAGAUUUUAUGCACAAAAAUCUUUAGACUUCCGGGUGGCUAUACAGCGCGACACAGAUAGCAACAAGCUCAAAGAAAAUUCGUUGAGCCAAAGUGAAGAGUUUUUUAUCCCUGUAAAUAUACCAACCAGAGAAGAAUGGAUUCCAGAUGAUAAAGCCCGCGAAUGUAGCUGUUGUAAAGCUGUUAUUUUUUCCAUGUUCAACAGAAGACAUCACUGCAGAAGAUGCGGUAGAGUAGUAUGUGCCAAUUGUUCAAGUCAGCGAAUACGAGUGCCAGGAUACGCGGAUUCAGUUCUUGUACGUGUGUGCAAUGAUUGUAAACGACAAACUGCAAUGCAGGCACAAGGUGCUUCAUCAGCACCUAGCAGUGAAACAUUCGAUUGCUGGAGGUUGUCAAUUCAAGAGGCUCACAAUAGAACGCUGAGAGAAGAAUUUUGCUUUGAAUACGCUCCAAAUAUCCCUCUGUGUUUAGCGAUAUUAAAUUUACACUCAGAUCACAAAACAUACGCAACUUUUCUUCUUGAUCGUUGUGAUGAAAUGAAGAAAUUGUUGUAUCCAGAUAAAAAAGGUCGAGUUAAUCCGGAAAUAGAUCACAGUUUAAUUAUUAAAAUGAUCAGGUCACUUUUACUGGCUGCUAAAGUUAAAUGCGCAAAACUUGGACUUAAUACUGGAUUAACUGAUUGCGAUAGAUUUUUAUCCCAAGUUGAUCUUAUUAAUAUUCUUGUUUCAUCUGAUUGUCUAUCAUUGAUUCCACAGGAUGAUCUCAAUGAUCAUACUUUACGGCGAUUGAGAGAUUUAUUGACUGAAAAGGAACAAUGGAGACUGGCGUUAAAUGUCAGCACUAAAUCUGGUUUGGAUACUCAGGGUGUUUGGGCAGCUUGGGGCAAGGCAUGUCUUAAAGUAGGUUACUACGAAAAGGCGCGAGAAAAAUUUUCACACUGCUUAGAUAAAGUUAAUCAAGAAGAUUAUGUACCAGAAGAUUGGGUCUUACUUUCAUACUCAAGUGAUACUGGGGAAGGAUCAAAAAGCGAUAAAAAUUCAGAGAAAAGAGAGAGUUCAAGAACUCGAACAGGAUUAAAAAUCCGACCUACUAAAGAUCCGCCUUUAUUGGUAGAAAUUUUACAAAUUCUUGAAGUGUCUAAUUCUACAGAUCAGUAUUCUCAACAACCAACGCCAUCAAAAAAUUCAAUGGCACAAGAAAUAUUAAAUACACUGAAUAAUUUAAAAGCUAUAUCUUAUGGUAAUUACACUGUGUCUAAGCUUAAUUCAAAUACUAAUAAUUUUCGGUAUCAAGAAAGCUUAUAUUAUUUAUUAAUGUACGGCAGCUAUAAUUCUAUUUUAGAAUUUUUCGUUCGUUACCGAGAGUUGGAUAAAUGUUUAUCUUAUAUUUUAGAAAAUGAAAUAGAUCCAGAAUUAUUUUUUAACGUUGUCUUCUUGGGUUGUCUUCGCAGCGGAAUAAUGAUAAAUCUUUGCACAGCAAUUAAAUCCAAAGAUCCAAGUCUCCUAUCAUGGAAGAAGUAUUUGUUAUUUACUUGUCAUAAUCUAGAAAGAAAACAGUUAUUCAAUACUCUUUACCAACUUCAAUUAUUUAUGAAGGACUAUGUGAGAGCUGCUAUGACUUGUAUACGAUUUUACGUUAUAGACGCCAGUAGUUACGCAGAUAUUUGCAUGAGAAGUCAUUUUCUUUUAGACGCACAGAGGCACUUGGAAGCUGAAUUGCACAGUGAAAAAGACGAAAUAUUUGACAGACGACAAAGAAGAAGUGUUAGUUCAUUUUUUAUGGACCCAUCGGAAAUUGAUAAGCAUAUAAAUACAAUUUCACGGCAAAUGGAAAUCGCAAAAUUUUUAGGAUCCUGUGAAAAGGAGGGAAGAUCUGUCAAUGAAUUUCUCAGCAAGCUUUCCUUUAUGGACAGUGAAGGUUUGCAACCACGAAAUGCACCAACUCUCUUCGGUAAUCAGCAAGAAAGAACGCAUUUAGCUGUACUGGCAAUUUUAUGCGGACGAAAUGUUGAAGAAGGCUUUGGUAUCGCUUUUCGGGUGAUGCAGGAUUAUAAUCUUCAUCAUCAAAAAGUUUAUUCACUUGUGGGACACAUACUGGCGCUAGACAAAAAAAUAAAUUCAAUAGAACAGUUAAUUAAAUGUUGUAGAAGUUCUGGUUCACCAAACUCUAAUGCAAUAUCCGACCGCGUAUUAGUUAACUGUAUUAAGUUUCUACUAGAUCGCUCACGUACUGAAACAAAUCCAGCUCCUAAAGAUCAAAUAGAUUCUCUCAUAAGACUUAUCACAGAUAUUGAAUUGAAAAUUGGAUGCUACAUUGAAAGUAAACAACUUAAAGCUGCUUAUCUUCUAGCUGUUAAGCAUUCAAGAGAACAAGAUAUCCGAAGAAUCUUAAAAGAAGCUGAUAGUCUUGGUCAGUCUGCCAUUAAAUCCAUUUGUACCAAGUGGCUUCAACAUAAUCGACAUAAUUAA